AUGUCCUAUUUAUUGCCACUAUCAUCAUGCUCAACUCCUGGUUGGAACGAUCCACCUCCAGUGCUUGACUCCAUGACGACAUCUUCAUCACCGAGCACUGGUGCUUUGACCAAUAGACAUCGACGGCCCGUGCAUCCUUCCAUUCAAGCUUCCAAUAUUUCGCCAGCAUACACUAAUUCGGCACACCCAGUUUUCUCGCCGCUAACCCCAAAUCCAACCCUAGUUCCAACCCAGACUCCAGUUGUAACCUCAGGUCAAGGGACUACAGUCUGCAGAGCUGCUGCACAGUCAAUCUUUCCAAUCCCAGUGCCAAAUUAUGCUACAAUGGAUUCAUUUGUCUCAUAUUCUAAUUCCUCACCCACAGACAGAACGAGGGAUCAAUCGUUAAAGAAAUCUUCAUCUUUGCAGCAGCAACAGCAGCAUCGUUCGAUUUUUGAUGCAUUCAUUGUCCCAGCUGAUCAUCAGCAGCGGACGCUACCGAAAUCAACAAGUUUAACAUAUGAUGCAUCUUCAGAAAAGCUUCCCGAGAGUUGUUUUCAGAAAUCCUUUGACUCGAAUUUAUCUACUUCGAUGGAUGUUCAUGUCGCGCCUCCAAUCGAAAGAAAUCCGAAUGCUUUAAUUUAUAUUCCACCCAACAUGAUAAAUGAAAAUAGUAGAAGGCCUGCUACAUCGCCAUAUCCAACUGAUUAUGUAGCACUCGUAAAGGCUGCUGGUGAUGUGUCUUUGAGUGGUGUUCAGCUUGUCAAGUUUUUGAUCAAAGCCACAUAUAGACUGCCAGCCGGAGUAACUAGAGACGGAAUUCAGCUGCGCAUAAAUCAUCUGAGCGAAUCAGUAGGUGCAGGGCAAGUAACAGAUAAUUGCAUCAAGAAACUGAAUUUUGUUGUUGAUGCACUGGAUCGUGGAUUAUUUGAUGAAGCAUAUCAAUUUUUUGAUCAAUUACAAACAUCGUUUCCAAUCGAAGCUCGAACUAGUUGGGCUCAGGGUAUUCGGUUAUUACUGAACGAAUUGAGGCGUCCGGUUCGUAUCGGUAGUGCUGGUCCAACUCGACAUCUUUAA